CGCCUGCGAUGAAUCCGUGACGGGACGAGGGGGGGGAGGGACAGAUGAGGGACGCGGGGGAGCAGAUCAACGUGGACGACGACGUCGAGGAGGUUGCACGGGCGGGGUCGUCAGGGAGGGAGCGAGGGAAGGGCAUUGUCAGCGAGCCGGGGGGGCAGCAGGGCCAGUACUUUACGUCGGCGCACGUGUCGGCUCGUACACGGGCAGGUGCGGAUACGGCUGAGGCGGGUGCGUCUGCGGGGAAGAGGAAGGAGAGAGAGGAGGGGGACAAACCGACGGCAGCAGCCGCAGCACAUAAAAGGAUGAGAAAAAACACGAUCACGGAGUCAUUCACUUCAAAGUGGCGGAUGGACUUCAAGAAGAAGUGGCUGCAGUUUGUGUACAGUCAGCGCCUGACGUUCAACGUCUUCCGAAGCGAGCCAUGGUUGGACGUCGUCCGACACUUCAGGGACUUGCUGGGGCCAGUGAAGGUGUUGUGGCCUUCAGAGAAUGAGAUCGCGGACAUAAAGACCAUUGUCCACACAGCGAACGAUGUGGGAGAUGAUCUCGCGGAGGUCAGGGCUCCUUUCUAUGUCACGGGGGCCACCAUUAUGUCAGACGGAAGGAAGUCACGCGAUGCUAGACCCAUCGUUAACUUCCUUGUCGGCGGGUCGCGUGGGGUGAUGCUCGUCCGGACGAUGAACAGGGAGGUGCGCCCCGUAGUUGCAGGUUAUCGCUCUUCGUGUGAUGUACAUGUGGACAUGCUCCUCUCCCGGGCCGUCCACGAGGGUGUACAGACGACGAAGCGUAACCGGCUUGAGUUCGAGAAGGUCGCGAAGUUGGUUGAGAUCUCAGCCAACGUCCGCCUUCUCUCUCAUCAGCGGGCAGGCCGCGGGUUCGCGCUGCAGUGGACUCUAGAUGAGUCGUUGUUGGACGUGGAGGGAGGUAUCGGGAUUCGCCCCUCGUGGAAGGGGACGGACGAGAGCAGGACGCGGGAGGAGGUCGAGGAUCAGAGACGUUCAUGGCAGCGAGACCCAUGUGGGUCCAGAGCUCCUCCGGGUGAUGUGGGCGAUGUUUUUGGGACUCGAGCUGCCACAUUGCACCCGUACCCUCAAGACAAUAGUGAUUCCGAGGGUCGCGAGGACAAGGACGAGCCGGCGGGCCCCGCUAGCGCCACUCCUGCGGCGGAUGAGCGUGAUGAGUGGAGCGACCCAGAGGACGUCCGUAGACGGAGUGACGGAGAUGACCUUUUCGUUCGAGUUGAUUUGGAGGAGGAGUCUGGGGGUCGUCAUGGGAGCCCUUUGGAGCGUCCGAGGCCUACGUCCAGUGCCCCGCUUCCCGUUGAGCGGGAGACAGAUCCUGGGUCUGCACCUUCGAGGGGGGCAGAGUCGGGGAUUGGCCAUCAUCCUCUGCGUUGCUCUGGCACGACAUCAUCCUCCGCUCUUCCCACUUCGACGGAGCAGCUUCAUCGACAGCCAGCCGGUGCCGAUCGAUUGCAGAGAUUGGUGAGGGGCCCGAGACAGCGAUUGGAGGACAGAUUGGAGGGCGUUCCUAUGCCGGUGCAGGGUGACAACGGAGACAGACAGGGGUUGGUUGGUGGAGAUGGUGGUGCGCUGGCCGGAGGUGGAGGCGGUGCCGAGGUUGAUGUGGCGGUUGAGGGGAUACCGAUGGGCGGCGGUGGCGGUUUCAGUGAGUUUGGCGAUAUGGGUAUGCCCCCGGGAGAGAGCGUGGGUCUGGCCCGAGGAGAGAGCGAGUCCCGUGGGGACAUUAGUGUGGGUAUGCAGGACUUACUGGGACAGAUCGGCUUCGCGGACCUGAGUAGUUUCUCCCUUGCCAUGCGUUCACGACACGACGCAGCGGGAGGCGGCUUCGGCAGAGGUUUCGAGUACGGGAGUAGAUGUUCAGCAGGGGACGCACGAGAGCGGGUUGGCACCGACAGAGGAGCCACGUUCGGAGCCGGCGCAGCCUCCUGUCGUGCAGCUGAGGCCAGAGGAGACAUUGCAGGAGGUCGCGGGCGUGCCUCUGCCCGCCGGUUCAGUUGAGGGUGCCGUGCAUAUGUCCCCGGGUCU